AGGAGUCCGGGGCCCCCACCCCCAGGUGGAGUGACGCCCGGUCACUUCACAAGGCGGAAAUUGUUACGGGGCAAUAAAAGGUGCCGCAGCGGCAGGGGCUGGGGAGUGGGCCCAUGGGGGUGCGGGUGUGCAGGUGCCAAGCGCCAUGGGUUAAGGCCCGAGAUCGGAGUCCGGCCGCCCCAGACAGCAGCCGCCUCCUGCCCCCCGCGUGCCCCGGGCGCCACCAUGUCGGGCGACAAACUCCUGAGCGAACUCGGCUAUAAGCUGGGUCGCACAAUCGGUGAGGGCAGCUACUCCAAGGUGAAGGUGGCCACGUCCAAGAAGUACAAGGGCACCGUGGCCAUCAAAGUGGUGGACCGGCGGCGCGCGCCGCCGGACUUCGUCAACAAGUUCCUACCACGAGAGCUGUCCAUCCUCCGGGGCGUGCGGCACCCACACAUCGUGCACGUCUUCGAGUUCAUCGAGGUGUGCAACGGGAAGCUGUACAUCGUGAUGGAAGCGGCCGCCACCGACCUGCUGCAGGCCGUGCAGCGCAACGGGCGCAUCCCGGGGGCGCAGGCGCGCGACCUCUUUGUGCAGAUCGCCGGCGCGGUGCGCUACCUGCACGACCACCACCUGGUGCACCGCGACCUCAAGUGUGAAAACGUGCUCCUGAGCCCAGAUGAGCGCCGCGUCAAGCUCACGGACUUCGGCUUCGGCCGCCAAGCCCACGGCUACCCAGACCUGAGCACCACCUACUGCGGCUCAGCCGCCUACGCCUCGCCCGAGGUGCUCCUGGGCAUCCCCUACGACCCCAAGAAAUACGACGUGUGGAGCCUGGGCGUCGUGCUCUACGUCAUGGUCACCGGGUGCAUGCCCUUCGACGACUCGGACAUCGCCGGCCUGCCCCGGCGCCAGAAGCGCGGCGUUCUCUACCCCGACAGCCUGGAGCUCUCGGAGCGCUGCAAGGCCCUGAUCGCCGAGCUGCUGCAGUUCAGCCCGUCCGCCAGGCCCUCGGCGGGCCAGGUCGUGCGGGGCAAGUGA